GCUAGUCGUCUGUAUAUCGUCUCUACCUACCUAACCUCCUACCUACCUACUAUACCAUCUCUCCCUCUCGGACUGCUCUUCGACUUGCACGCGAUCUAGACGUCUACUCCAAUUCCGACACUUCACAUCUACUCCGACUCCGAUCGAUCCGCCGACCCGAGUCCGUUCUUGCUACAGUAGAAAAGCAACAUCCCGAUCAACAUGUCUGAAGAGGGAGCCGCAGUGCCUGCUGCGCAAAAGGGAUCAUGGACUGGUUUCCUGAAGCAACUCACAUCGUUCAACGGUGACCUUUCGGCCAUGACGGCACCGCCAUGGAUUGUUUCCAAUACUUCUCUCACCGAAUUCUCAGCCUACUGGAGCGAAAUGCCAGGACUGCUGGUAGCUCCAGCUGCCGAAAAGGACAAGCAGAAACGUAUGCUACUUGUACUCAAGUGGUUCCUGAGCACACUGAAGCAGCAAUACGCCAGCCGUAACGAGAAGCUCGGAUCGGAAAAGAAGCCCAUCAAUCCCUUCCUGGGCGAGCUGUUCCUGGGGAAGUGGUCAGAUAGCGCCGGCGAGACACAGCUUGUGAGCGAGCAAGUCUCACACCACCCGCCUGUCACAGCAUACAGUAUAUGGAACAACCAGCACGGUGUUCGUCUGCAGGGUUACAAUGCACAGAAGGCGAGCUUCUCCACGACGAUCAACGUCAAGCAGCUCGGACAUGCCCUGCUCCACCUAGACGCCUACGAUGAGGACUAUCUCAUCACUCUGCCCGCACUCCACAUCGAAGGCCUCCUCAAGGGAUCGCCGUACGUGGAACUGAACAAGAGCAGCUAUAUUGUGUCUUCAUCCGGCUACACAGCUCGCGUGGACUAUGCAGGUGCAGGCUGGGUCAGUGGCAAGAAGAACUCCGUGACAGCGGUUGUCUUCCCACACGGAAAAGAGAAGGACAAGAAGAGCGUCAUAUACAAGGCAGACGGAAGCUGGACAGACGAGAUUGUGAUCAAGGACGCGGACAAGCACGUUGUAGUGCAGUACAAUGCGAAGCAAGAGCCGAAAACGCCAUUGUCGGUUGCGGACAUCGAGGACCAGGACCCUCUGGAGUCCAGGAGAGCGUGGAAGAAGGUGGCUGAAGCAAUCGAAACGGGUGAUAUGAACGUUACCAGUGUUGAGAAGACCAAGAUUGAAGAGUUCCAGAGAGCGGCUCGAAAGAAGGAGCAAGCUGAAGGACGCGAGUGGCAGAGUACGUUCUUCUCGAGAACCGACUCACUUCCCAUCUUUGAUCAGCUCAUCAAAGAGGUUCCGUACGGAAGCCUCGACAAGGACCAGACUGGUGGUAUUUGGGUAUUCGAUCCCACCAAGGCACAGAAUGCAAAGCCUCCGUUCAGUCCACUGAGCGAGGAGCUCAAGAAUGGGUUCUAGUGCUGGAAAGUGGGCAAUUGCCAGACCGGAAUGAAUCUGCAUGUCUCAAUGACAUUGUACAAUAGCGCGUGAGCGCAAGGAGGUUAGUAAGAUGAGAAAGCAUGAUACCACGGGUGAAAGAUUAGGGGAACAGCUACCUACCUCAGCGACUGGACACAUGGUCAUAAUCAUUUUCAGAAGUAGAAGGCAUAGGUACUUCAUAUCGUACUUUUCAGUUGACCGUGAACAUGUCAAUUGCAAUGAUUUCACCCAUAUGUACCUAGGCA